AUGCUAAAGAUCGAUGAUUCCCAUCAAAGUUUCCAGUAUAAACUAAGUGAAAAAAACAUGAUCACAUUGAAACGUAUUUUCUAUUUCUUCAAAAUAUGUGGUUUGGCCACAAUGAAAUUCGAUUCUAACAUGGCAGUAAAGGAAAGACUUCAAGGUUCUUGGUUUGUGAACUCGUGCAAAGGCAAAGUAUACAAUGCAAUUUUAAUAAUUUUACUGUCGAUAGCAACUUACUACGUUACUGCAUUUGUAUACGAUCUAAGCAUAAGCAGCGGAGAAGUUGGUAAAUUAUUUGACAUUGUAUCAUAUGUUUUUACCACCAUUACUACUAUCGUGAUUCUGGCGGUAUUUUGUCUUUGUCAAAAGGACGCCGUACUGAUAGCUAACAACCUAAGACGUACGCAUAUGCUCAUUGCAAAUAUAAAUAGUCAAUUAAGCAAUGAAAAAAUAAACAUACUAAGAACAGCGAAGAUAAUUUGUAUUGUGAAUUUGGUAAUGCUGAUUUUAGUCUUUAUUACAACUUUAAGGCAGGAAUUUGGCAUAAUAAUGUACUACACGACUGUCUAUCCAUGCCUUUUUGUUAUUAAUUUUACUUUUUUGCAAUACAGCUUGAUUUUGCAAUCGUUAAAACAACAAUUUACUAUUCUUAAUCGAAAUUUUCAUUAUGUUUUGAGGCAAUGUAUAAUGCAAAAAAAUUUAGGCGCAACAGGUUCAAGCUUUCAGACUCAUAAAGUAAGAGCACAGUCGUUGUCUAAGCUGUGUGAACUGUAUGCGUCGUUGUGUGACUUAUCAACGGAUCUGUCAAAAUUCUACUACCCAACAAUGUUAUUUUGUGUAUUAUAUACAUUUAUGAUGUCGACAACGUGGAUAUACUACACAGUCGAACCUGUUAUAGUUGGAAAAACUAAAUUAACUACUUUUAAAUACAUACACAGUUUGAUAUUUUUAAUUCACCAUAUUAGUAUGCUGAUUAUUUUGUCAAAAAGUGUUAACGCCGUUGUUCUAGAGAAUAAAAGAACAGGAGAAAUAACGAAUAGGGGAUUAGCAAACAUGCAAAAUCAACAGACGAUAAAUGAGCUUAAUUUUUUUUCAAAUUAUUUACUCCACAAGAAUGUAAGUUUCACCGUUUAUGGGUUGUUUUCAUUAGACGAAUCUCUUUUAAUGUCCAUUACAGGUUCCAUCACCACGUACAUAGUAAUAUUGCUACAAUUUCAAUCCAGUGUCCAAUAG